AAGGUAAUAAUAAUAUAAAAUACUGAACAAUUAAAGGCCCAAUAAGAAACAUCAUACAGGCCCAAUAAAUGUUUUUUUUUAUCAAACAUAAUGGUGGUUGACUGGUGUGGAGGUUGAAGCACAUGAGAGAGAGAGAGCGUCUAAUCAAAUUAAACACUUCAAGUUGGUAUGUACUUCUUCACUUGCCCAGUUGGUUCAAGACAACACAACACGUUCCUUUAUAAAAACAAAGCAACUCAUUUCCUCAAAGCUCAAUCACAUAACACCAUGGCUCAUCUUCAACCUCCUAACGUCAUCGAGACCACUCACAUCUCUCCCCCAAAAGGCACCGUUCCAUCCACCACUCUUCCUCUCACCUUCUUCGAUGCCCCAUGGCUCAAUCUACCACUCUCCGAGUUUCUCUUCUUCUUCUCUUACCAAAACUCAACUGAUUGUUUCCUCAAAGACAUUUUACCUAACCUCAAACAAUCACUCUCCAUUACCCUCAAACAUUUCUUCCCAUACGCCGGCAAACUAAUCAUCCCGCCUCGUCCCGAUCCUCCCUACUUACGCUACAAGGAUGGUGAAGACUCUCUUCUUCUCAUUGUUGCAGAGUCCACUGGAACAGCUGAUUUCAAUGAUUUGAAAGCCGAUUCUGCUAAAGAUAUCAGAGUGUUGCAUGGCGUCAUGCCAAAGUUACCUCCACCUCAUGUCUCUCCAGAAGGAAUUCUGAUGCGGCCAACGAGGGUGAUGCAAGUCACCAUCUUCCCUGGAGCCGGAAUCUGUAUAGGCAACUCAGCUACUCAUUUUGUAGCAGAUGGAGUCACCUUCAGUCAUUUCAUGAAGUAUUGGAUGACAUUGACCAAAUCCAAGGGCCAAGAUCCAGCUGCCACGCUUCUUCUACCCUCUCCGCCUGAUCACAGCUGCAGAAACAUGAUCAAGGACCCAGGCGAGGUAGCUAAAGGACACUUGGAGAGGUUUUGGAGUCAAAACUACAGCUCACAUGCCACGUCUGAGAACAUGGUCAGAGCUACUUUUACAAUGAGCCGUAAACAGAUAGAAAAUCUCAAGCAUUGGGUUACAGAGCAGUCUGAUUAUCAGUCUCCUGUUUCUACCUUCGUGGUGUAUCUAGCGUUCACUUGGGUGAGCUUGAUCAAGACGCUUAUUGAAGGAAGUGGAGAGGGAGACAAAGAUGAGGUCUUUCACUUGAUGAUUAAUGUGGAUUGCAGGAAUCGUCUCAAGUAUGCAGAAACAGAACCAAUACCACAAACAUACUUUGGCAACUGCAUAGCUCCUGGUAUCGUAUCAGUCAAGAAACGAGAUUUGCUAGGACAAAAAGACGUUUUGGCUGCUUCGAAUGCACUGACAGCGAGAAUCAGUGAUAUGUUAUCAAGUGAUCUAUUGAAAACAGCCCCAAGUUGGGGACAAGGAGUACGCAAAUGGGCAAUGUCACGCUUUCCAACAUCAAUAGCAGGAGCUCCAAAGCUGAGAAUGUAUGAUAUGGAUUUUGGGUUAGGAAAGCCCUGCAAAAUGGAUAUUGCACACAUAGAAACAGGAGGUUCAAUUGCAUUGGCAGAGUCCAGAGACGGCAGUAAUGGAGAGAAGUAAACAAUGGAUGGAUGCCUUUGCUACGAUUCUACAUGAGGGAAUCAAGAAAUUUGAAACAUAGCACAAUUCCCAUUCUUCUCCAACAACUUGUACCAAUCUUAAUUUCCCUUAAAUCAUAAUAUAUCAUUGCCAACCUUUCUCAUUUACAAGAAUGUGUAACGGCCAAAUAAAUCAACUUCUAUAAUCCACCAAAGCCGUUCGUUAACAAUGUAAUUUAUUUCCAAUCUCAUGAAUAAAGGCAGCAUUAAACUCGGACACAGCAAAACAAAAACACGGGCUAAUUUUGGAAGAAGAUGAUAAUGUAGUGAACUUGUUUAACUCCUAGUCUCAUGGUUAUUAAGAUAAGACGAAGCUGAUGAGAACACUUGAAGAUAUAUGAGUUUUUUCAGACUACAGGCACUAAGAAACAAGUGCAAGUGUAUAGUUUAAACUCAAAUAGAUUUCAGAAAUUAAAGAAAAACAAAAACGAUAAAGUAAUGAAGUGAAGUCUCAGUAAAACCCAAAGAAAUCAUAGAAAUUGCAGCUUCUGCCAAGGGGUUCUCCCUGAAAAACAGGGUCUCAGCUCCACUGCACCUCGUAAAGAUUGGAUUAUAUCAUCAUCGACAAAUCAAAGAUUUCGAAAACAAACACUUUGUAAAAGAAACACUAAUAAAGGCUCAGAUAUGAAUACAGCUUUUUCAAUCAAGAAUAAUCUGAAGCAGAACUGGCGUAUCAAGCUGUUACAAUUAAUCAUCACUGCCCAAAACAAAACUCAAAAAAACCAAAACUUUGGAGACGAGAAAACAAGAGAACUCCAAGGCUCAUAUUAAGAAAUUCAACCAUGUAUUUUACCGUAUAUGCUUCAUCGACCUAAAGAAGCAUCUCAGAAGCGCGGGUAAGUUUAUAAUCAUCGCCCAUUAACAAAACACUAAACAAGAACAUGGCUACCAUUAAAGAGAUAUAGCCGCUUUUUUGACACAGAAGAGCCUAAGGAAUAAGGCGAAUCUGCAACACAAACGGCCAAAAACAAAUCUAGCAGGAGCUUUGGGGCUUACUUCCUCAUCUCUUGUAAUCAGAUUAGCCCGGGAGGCUCCUGCUAACCAUAAUCUAUAUAUAUUUGUACAUAUAAAACCCUAAGCUAUUGAAGACGAAGAAGAAGUAGACAUAUCUAAAG